UUUUCAGCAGCCCAACGCCAUCACACUGAGCUAUCCCAGCAGCUCCUCUGACUUUAGGUUGACGAAACGGCUUUUCGAAGGGAACUUCUUGCAAAGUUUAAGAGGAGCAGAUAACUUACGAGGAAACGACGGACGUGGCGGUUUGCGUAGACAACGUAUAUUUAGAUCAGCCCGUUGUUCAGGCAAUACUGCCUUCUUUGCACUCUUGCUGCAUCUGAAAAGAAGGUGAAGACGAUCUACGAGGAAGAAGAUAUACAGUGGCCGCGCGCGGUCCUGUUUUACUCUCGGAAUUCGCGGCCGAUAACCCAAAGUGCGUUCUGUGAGGACACAGAGAAACAACAAGCUCGGAAGUAUGACCCAGUGCUUGGACACUAGAGCAGGAACAAGUCUGUCACCACAGAGCCAACGACCUAUUGCCGAAAGACAGACGCCAACGAUGGAGCCGCUAUCCGAUGAAAGCGCCCAGAGCUACCUCCUGCACCUGGGAGUUUCCAAGCCCUCCGAGCCCACCUUGGACUUCCUCGAUCGACUGAUCAGGGCGCACCUAGAGCGCGCCACCUUCGAGAAUCUGGACGUGCUGCUGGAACGACGCAUCAGCCUCGACGCUGAGGCCGUACUCGGCAAGGUGACUGGACGCGGCCGCGGUGGCUACUGCUACGAGCUCAACUCUGUCUUCGCCCGCCUGCUGCUGGCGCUCGGCUACAGCGUGCGCCUGCGAGCGGCCCGCUUGCGUCUCUCGACUCCCGACGACUCGGACAAGCGCACGCGCCUCUCCCACAUGGUGCUGCUGGUCGAACUGACCGACGGCCGGCGCUACAUCGUGGACGUCGGCAUGGCGCAGUGCGGUCUGCAUCGGGCGCUGCCCCUGGAAGGCGACGCGACUCCGUUCCGCCUUCGCAGCUUGGACGCGACGGAGGCCGUCGAGGUCGCGGUGCCCACGAGCGACGGCGGCUGGAAGGCCUUCUACGUCGUCGAACCGUACGACCUCGACUGGCUCGACUUCGGCGUCUUCAACUGGUACUCGUCGACCCACCCGGACAGCGCGAUGCGGCGCCUCCUCUUGGUGGGACGCCGAUCGUCCCGGGACGACGGCUGUUGGCUGCGGCUCAUCAACGACCGGUUCGUGCGCUGGUCGGCGAUACAUGGCGUCGUCGAGAAACGCGUGAUGCGGGACGAGAACGACAUCCUCGAGAUUCUGCGAGAUGAGUUCGGGCUGAACCUGAACGCGGCGGACGACGUCGCGCCGCUGCGUGUUCGCUUGCGAAGCCUGCUGGAGAAUUUGAGGCUGGGCCAGAACCUCUUUCUGAAGAAACCGAUGUGGCCGGAGGGAUAACUGCAGCGUUGUCGUCGCGGUGACGAAAAUUAUUUUUGCUGUGUAAUAGAAAAAGAGAUAGCUGAAACAACAUCUUUUGUGCGAUAAAUAUGUAUACGUACCA